UGAGCUAUUGUUGCCACACUAUUGCUUUGCUUUCCUAGGGUUUUCGUAAAUUGCAAAAUCGAGAACCGAUCUUCAUGUAGAUUCAAUCCUUCUCUUUCGAUUUCGAUUUCGAUUUCGAUUUCGAUUUCAUCGACCUUGGAUCUCCUCCGAGCUAAAAAAACCCCUAGAAAUGUCUUCAGGAGGUGGAGCUUCGAAGACGACGAAGCACAGGCGGGCCAAGCCAAUGGUGGUUCCUCAACACGCGCGAUCGGCUGCUCUCCUCUCUCCGUCAAACCCGUUCGCGUCGGAGGAAGAAGAAGAUCAUCAUCCUCCCAUGUUGAAGGUCAGCUUGAGCUCAAUUUCGAAGCUUGAAGUCAGGAGCUUGAAGCGGAGACUAACGUCUGAGCUUGACGAAGUUCGGAGCUUGAUCGCACGGUUCGAUCCCCAAGGCGGAAACUUUACAACAGGGAAAGGUGGAAACAAGAAGGUGAAAACUGGGAAUGGAGUUAAGAAAGGUGAUAAAGGUACGGUUCAGAUUUUCAAGAAAUGUCUCAAUUUGCUGACGAAAUUGAUGAAGCAUAAGGAUGGAUGGGUGUUCAAUGUGCCCGUUGAUGCUAAAGGGUUUGGUUUGCAUGAUUACCACACCAUUGUUAAGGAGCCUAUGGAUUUGGGUACUGUGAAGGCUAAGUUAGGGGAAGGUUUGUAUGAGUCGCCGUUGGAUUUUGCUGAAGAUGUUAGACUUACUUUUAACAAUGCGAUUUUGUAUAAUCCUGUUGGGCAUGAGGUGCAUAGUAUGGCUAAGUUUCUGUUGAGCAUGUUUGAGGAGAAGUGGGCUCCUAUUGAACUGCAGUAUCAUAGUCUUCACAGGGAGAUGAAACCGGUUCGUGAUGUUGUGUUGCCUCGUCCUGCUCCUGUUGUUGAGCCUUUACCAGCUCCUACACCUUCCCCGUCUCCUCCUCUUCCUACUCUUCCGCCUGCGGUGCUUGAGGAUAGGACUUUGGAGAUUGCUGAAUCUAUGACGACACCGUUGGAACCGGAAACUGUCACUACUACUGCCCUCGAGAAGCCUGGAGGAGAUGAGGAGGCGCCUGUUGAUAUUAGGGACCUGACGAUGGAUGAGAAACAGAGACUCAGUGAAGAGCUUCAGGACUUGCCUUAUGAUAAACUAGAGACAGUUGUUCAGAUUGUAAAGAAGAGUAAUCCGGAACUCUCUCAACAGGAUGAUGAGAUUGAGCUGGAUAUUGACAGUCUUGACAUCCAAACGCUUUGGGAGCUUUAUAGUUUUGUGACUGGGUAUAAGGAGAACUUGAGCAAUAAAAAGGAGGAGGAUCAGGGUUUUGGUUCAGAAAGAGAUGCUGAAUCUGCUCACAACAUUAUCCAAGAACCGGCAACUGGCACCGAAAGAUCGAGAGUUACUGAAUCAGGGAAAGCUAUUCGCAUGUCUUCUUCUCCUGUUCGGCAAGAAAACAAGGCAGGUGGAUCAAGUAGUUCUAACAGUUCCAGCAGUGACUCGGGAUCUAGCUCUAGUGAUUCUGACAGUGACAGCUCCUCUGGACGUGGAUCAGAUACUGGUAAUUAGAGCUGACAAGUCAAGAUAGUGUUUAGCUUUAGAAUCAGAGCCGUCAUGUUAUUUUCUAAGUCGAUGACUUUGCCCCAAUUGGACUGUUUUCUGUAUUAGGAUGUUUUACUGUACAGAAGAAUGAACUGUAGAUGUCUUCCUCUAAUCAACAUGCUUGUUCCCUGCGUCUUAAGUGGAACAAAUCAAUUGUUUAGAGCAGUAAAGGAAACUAGAAGGGGCAUUAAGAAGAAUUUAAUGUUUUUCAUAUUAGAAGAAACAGAUUGGUUCUUGGUA